AUGCAGUCGAGGCAUUCUUCAUCAUCUGGUGUUUUAAUGGUUGGACCCAAUUUUAGGGUUGGGAAGAAGAUAGGCAGCGGCAAUUUUGGGGAGCUAAGACUCGGCAAAAACUUGUACAAUAACGAGCACGUGGCUAUAAAGCUGGAACCGCUCAAGUCUAAGGCACCACAGUUGCAUUUGGAGUAUAGAUUUUACAAAGUGCUUGGACAACAGGAAGGGAUUGCCAAAGUGUACCACCUGGGCACCUGCGGAGGAAGGUACAACGCCAUGGUGAUGGAGUUGCUAGGACCUAGUCUAGAGGAUUUAUUUUGUCUGUGCAGUCGUCGUUUUCGUCUGAAAACCGUGCUGAUGAUAGCUGACCAGCUGAUCACCAGAAUAGAAUACGUUCACAGCAAGAGACUCAUCUUCAGAGAUAUAAAACCUGAAAACUUCCUCAUCGGACGGUCUAGGACCAAAAAGGACAAGAUCAUCUACAUAGUCGAUUUCGGUUUGGCCAAGGAAUAUAUAGAUCCAGACACUGGAAAACAUAUUCCAUACAAAGAACACAAGUCUCUGACUGGUACCGCCCGGUACAUGAGCAUCAACACCCAUCUUGGACGUGAACAGUCUCGUCGAGACGACCUUGAAGCGAUGGGGCAUAUGUUCAUGUAUUUCCUGAGGGGUUCUCUGCCUUGGCAGGGUCUCAAAGCAGAUACUUUGAAGGAACGGUACCAGAAGAUAGGUGAAACCAAGAGAACGACUCCCAUCGAAGCGUUGUGCGAGGGUCAUCCUGAAGAAUUGGCGACCUAUUUAAAAUAUGUUCGUAAGCUAGAUUUCACUGAAACGCCCGAUUAUGAAUAUCUCAGGAAACUGUUUAAGGACUUGUACGUCAAGAAAGGGUAUGCCGAGGACGGAAUAUUUGACUGGACAGAUCGCGUAUCCUGGAUCAACACCGAUGAAAGAAGAGAGUCUUUUAAAGCUGAAACCAAACUAAAAUAA